AUAAUGUACAUUCUAAUGUUGUUUCCCCUUUGCCAGGAUUGCUACCCUGUAGUGUUAGGUGGAGUCGAAGAAACACAAGAACUCCUGAAACAAAAAUAUGAUAAGAUAUUUUAUACAGGUGGUGGAGCAGUUGGUAGACUAGUCAUGGAAGCCGCAGCAAAGAAUCUAACAAGAGUAACACUAGAGCUUGGUGGAAAAAGCCCAUGUUACAUUGAUGAUGAAUGUGAUUUAGCUGUUGUGGCAAACAGACUUGCUUGGGGGAAGUUUAGCAAUAGUGGGCAGACUUGUGUAGCACCUGAUUAUGUAUUAUGCAGCCCAGGAAUACAAGCAAAACUAAUAAAACAUUUGAAGGAAACAUUAUUUGAAUUCUAUGGAGAGGAUGCAAGAGAUUCUUCUAACUUUGCAAGAAUAAUAAAUGACAGACAUUUUCAACGUCUAAAGAAGUUGUUAUCCCAUGGAGAGUGUGUGAUUGGUGGAGAGACCGAUGAAAAAGACAGGUUUAUCAGUCCUACAGUACUUACAGGGAUUAAACCAUCGGAUCCUGUUAUGGAAAGUGAGAUAUUUGGACCUAUUUUACCAAUACUCAAUGUCAACAGUCUUGAUGAGGCUGUUGAGUUUAUUAACGACAGAGAUAAGCCUCUUGCGCUUUAUAUUUUUUCAACAAACAAGGAAAAGAUUAAUUACAUCAUGGAAAACACUUCUUCAGGAGGAUUUUGUGCAAAUGACACAGUAAUUCAAGCUGCAGGUAUGGAAAUACAAAGAGAAUGCAUUCCCAGAGGUGCAUAG